GGCUGUGGGGUGUCCGCGCGCCAGCCUUGCGUGACCUGGUGCCCAGGCCUCGGUGCUCUCCGACGAAGUUCCCCGGGCGUGAGGGGACGGGGCCGGGGACCGGCUAGCGCCAUGGGCAGCAGCUGUCGCAUCGAGUGCAUUUUCUUCAGCGAGUUCCACCCCACGCUGGGACCCAAGAUCACCUAUCAGGUCCCUGAAGACUUCAUCUCCCGGGAGCUGUUUGACACAGUCCAAGUGUACAUCAUCACCAAGCCAGAGCUACAGAACAAGCUCAUCACUGUCACAGCUAUGGAGAAGAAGCUGAUCGGCUGCCCCGUGUGCAUCGAACACAAGAAGUAUAGCCGAAAUGCCCUCCUCUUCAACCUAGGCUUUGUGUGUGAUGCCCAGGCUAAGACCUGUGCCCUGGAGCCCAUUGUUAAAAAGCUGGCCGGCUACCUGACGACACUGGAGCUAGAGAGCAGCUUUGUAUCUACGGAGGAGAGCAAGCAGAAGUUGGUGCCCAUCAUGACCAUCUUACUGGAGGAGCUCAACGCCUCUGGCCGGUGCACCCUGCCCAUCGAUGAGUCCAACACCAUCCACUUGAAGGUGAUAGAGCAGCGGCCAGAUCCUCCUGUGGCCCAAGAGUACGACGUGCCUGUCUUCACCAAGGACAAGGAGGAUUUCUUCAACGCGCAGUGGGACCUCACCACCCAACAGAUCCUGCCCUACAUUGACGGUUUCCGCCAUGUCCAGAAAAUCUCUGCUGAGGCAGAUGUGGAGCUCAAUCUAGUGCGCAUCGCCAUCCAGAAUCUUCUGUAUUAUGGUGUUGUCACACUCGUGUCCAUCCUCCAGUACUCCAAUGUCUACUGCCCAACACCCAAAGUCCAGGACCUGGUAGAUGACAAGUCCUUACAAGAGGCAUGUCUAUCCUACGUGACCAAGCAAGGGCACAAAAGGGCCAGUCUCCGGGAUGUAUUCCAGCUGUACUGCAGUCUGAGCCCUGGCACCACGGUGCGAGACCUCAUUGGCCGGCACCCCCAGCAGCUGCAGCAUGUUGAUGAAAGGAAGCUGAUCCAGUUUGGGCUUAUGAAGAACCUCAUCCGACGACUCCAGAAGUAUCCAGUCCGGGUGUCUCGGGAGGAGCGGAGCCACCCUGCCCGGCUGUACACAGGCUGCCACAGCUAUGAUGAGAUCUGCUGCAAGACAGGCAUGAGCUACCAGGAGCUGGAUGAGCGGCUGGAAAAUGACCCUAACAUCAUCAUCUGCUGGAAGUGAGACUGACCAGCUCGGACCUCUUUUCCUUCAGCAACUCCCUUCCCCUAAGCCCUGCCUGGUGCAUGGGAGCUAGACAAGUAGGACAGUCCACAUAGUUUGGAGGUUGAGCCUCGGUCCUGUAAAUAAAAUCAUUAAUUGCAACCUA